AUGGGAUUGGAUUUUUUGAAAAGAAAGACAGGUGUUAUCGUCGGUGACGAUGUCAGAAACUUGUUUCUGUACGCCCAGGAGAAAGGCUUUGCCAUUCCUGCCAUCAACGUGACCUCUUCGUCUACCGUGGUUGCUGCUUUGGAGGCGGCCAGAGACGCAAACUCCCCAAUCAUCUUGCAAACUUCUAACGGUGGUGCCGCUUACUUCGCCGGUAAGGGUGUGAAGAACGACGGACAGAAGGCUUCCAUUGCCGGUGCCAUUGCUGCCGCUCACUACAUCAGAUCGGUUGCUCCUGUUUACGGCAUCCCAGUCAUCUUGCACACAGACCACUGUGCUAAGAAGCUGUUGCCAUGGUUCGACGGCAUGUUAGAGGCCGACGAGGCCUACUACAAGAUCCACGGUGAGCCAUUGUUCUCGUCUCACAUGCUCGAUUUAUCUGAGGAGAACGAUGACGAAAACAUCUCCACGUGUGUGAAAUACUUCACCAGAAUGGCCAAGCUGGACCAAUGGCUCGAGAUGGAGAUCGGUAUCACCGGUGGUGAGGAGGACGGUGUCAACAACGAGAGCGCAGACAAGGACUUGCUGUACACCCAGCCAGAGACUGUGUUUGCCGUGUACAAAGCCCUUGCUCCAAUUUCUCCAAACUUCUCCAUUGCUGCCGCUUUCGGUAACGUGCACGGUGUCUACAAGCCAGGUAACGUUGUCUUGAGACCAGAAAUCUUGGGAGAGCACCAAGAGUAUGCCGUCAAGCAAAUCGGUGCAAAGACCAAGCACCCAUUGUUCUUGGUCUUCCACGGUGGUUCUGGAUCUUCUCACCACGAGUUCGACACUGCCAUCAAGAAUGGUGUGGUGAAGGUCAACCUCGACACCGACUGUCAAUAUGCUUACUUGACUGGUAUUAGAGACUACGUGUUGAACAAGAAGGACUACUUGAUGUCGAUGGUUGGAAACCCAGACGGUGCCGACAAGCCAAACAAGAAGUACUUCGACCCAAGAGUGUGGGUCAGAGAGGGAGAGAAGACCAUGACCAAGCGUGUUACCGAGGCAUUGGAGUUCUUCCACACCGAAAACCAACUAUAG